AUUAAGUCAUUUGACUCAAUUCUAUUAAUUCUCAUAUCAACCUAAGCAUUUGGCACUUGCAAAUUUAUGAUCUCUACAGACGCCCAAGUAGGCCCAUCAGCUCUAAAUUUAGCUUCAAAUCCAUGGCUCCUUCUGCCCCAGCUGCAGAAGAAAGUGUGAUAAGUUUGGCAGAAUCAGGAGUGAAAAAGCUGCCCACAAGCUUUUUGAAGGACGAGGAUGAACGUUCCACAGUUCCCCACAACGUAUUCUGCCCUGAUCUUCCACUCAUAUCGCUCUUGAACGUUAAUGGCUCUGAAAGAGAAAGAGAGAGGAUAAGAGCCCAAGUGAAAACUGCCUGUGAAGAGUGGGGAAUAUUUCAGGUUGUAGAUCAUGGAGUUCCCACGGAUCUUUCCAACCUCAUCAUGAAAGACGCCAUGGAUUUCUUCGCCCUCCCUUUGGAGGAGAAAUCCCAGUAUGCUUUGAAGCCCGGAACCUAUCUUGGCUAUGGCAAUGGCAGUUUUAUCAAGAAUGAUCCUCUCAUGGAUUGGAGAGAGCUCUACGUUACUAGAUGUUUGCCUCGCGAUACAAAUCUCUGGCCUGAUAAGCCACCCACCAUGCGGAAGACUAUUGGAGAUUACAGCGACGCUAUGGUAGAGUUGGUAAGAGAUUUGCUGGAGCUGGUGUCUGAAGCGUUGGGGUUGGAGAAAAAGGCCAUAGAGAAUGCUUUGGGAGAUGCAGAGCAGAAGCUUCUUCUCAAUUACUACCCAAAAUGCCCACAACCUGACAUGACGCUGGGUUUAAAGAGGCACACAGAUCCAGGGACCAUUACUUUGCUGCUUCAAGAUAAAGUUGGUGGCCUGCAAGUCACCAAGGACGAUGGCAAAACUUGGGUCACAGUGGAGCCCAUUGAGGGGGCAUUUGUAGUGAAUUUGGGAGACCAAAUGCAUGUGUUAAGCAAUGGUAUUUGCAAGAGCGCGGAUCAUCGAGCAGUGGUGAAUUCAAGCACAACACGAUUGUCCAUUGUAACUUUCCACAAUCCAAACCCUAAUUCUGUGGUUUAUCCACUGGAUGGGCUGGUUAAUGAUGAGCAUCCAACUAAGUUUCAGCGUUAUAUCUACAAAGAGUUUUAUGCAAGGAAAAUGACCAAACAUAUUCAGGAGAGAGAGGAAAGACUAUCGAGGAGGAAGGAAACCUGUGGCAAAGAUGAUGGGAGUGUUUGAUUAGAGUGAAAACAUGGGACUAUUUGUUAUAUCACACCUGAUUAUUAUCACUAAGCAGAGCAGCAAGGAGCAAAGGUUCCGUAUAUACUACUUAAUGAGAUUUAAUGUGCCCUAUGGUUGACAAAGGUUCGGUAAAGAAUAAACGUCUGGUUUUUAAUAAUGUUAAAUGUAGUGUGUUCUUGACCAGAGAUUUGGCAAAGAAUCAGGGUAUGCUAUUUAAUGUGAAUGAAUGUAUUAUUUUUC